AUGUCGGAGAGAGAGCAAGAAAGGCGUCAAGGAUGUGAAAAUAACCAGCCACAGGUUCCAGAAAACAGGAAGAAGUGCAGAAAUAAGAAAAUGGAAGUGUCAAGAAAUCUGUAUGCUGAUGACAAUGACCAUGAUGAUGAAUUAAUUCAAGAAAGGAGGAGCAGAGAACCUGAUAAUCACCAGUUUCCCAGGCAGAAGAGCGAACAGUAUUAUAAUAGGUUAUUUGUGCCUCCUGGUAUUUUGAAAAUUCACGUGAAAUGUUUGUUCCUGGAUGAAGAUUCAGGCAGUGAUUGUAGCUAUGGUGAUAAACCAGCUGACUGUAAGGACUCUGAGGUAAAGGAGUGCACAGCUGAGUUCUUGGAGAAGGUCCUUGAGCCAUCUGGAUGAUGGGCAGUCUGGCACACUAAUGUGUUUAAGGUUCUAGUUGAGGCCACAGAUGUGGACUUUGCAGCCUUGAAGGCAGUGGUGAGGCUUGCUGAACCAUACCUCUGUGACUCUCAAGUGAGCACUUUUACCAUGGAGUGCAUGAAGGAGCUCCUUGAUCUGAAGGAACAUCGGUUGCCCCUGCAGGAGCUCUGGGUGGUGUUUGAUGAUUCGGGAGUGUUUGACCGGACAGCCCUUGCAAUUGAGCAUGUCAGGCAUUAUAACAUUCUUGAAGACCAAGUUUCAUCAGGGCUUCAUGUUGACUACCGCUAUCUGUUGUCUCAAUGUGAGGAGAGUUACAGGAAAUUUUUAAAUCUGAGAAGCAGUUUGUCAAAUUGUAACUCUGAUUCCCAGCAGGAAAAUAUCUCUGUGGUGGAAGGAUUAAACUUUUAUUCAGAAAUGAAACAGUUGAAACAAAAGCUGAAACUCAUUGAGAAUCCUAUGUUGAGGUAUGUGUUUGGUUAUCAGAAGAAUUCUAAUAUCCCAGCAAAGGGUGUCCAUUCCAGCGGUCAGAAGAUCACUCACGUGGUCUCCUCCACUAUGGUGGCUGGUCUCCUGCAGUCCCUGCUCAUGGACGGGCUUUGCCAGGAACCUGGUGAGGAAGGAAGAGAAAUUCAGUUCCGUAGUGAUCCACUGUCUGCUAUAAAUGUCUGCUUCGAAGGUGACACUGUUACUGUUUGUCCUGGCCAUUAUGUGGUACAUGGCACGUUCUCCAUUGCUCACUCCAUUGAGAUGGAGUCUGACUAUGGCCUACCAGAUGACAUUGUGAUAGAAAAGAGGGGCAAAGGGGACACUUUUGUGGACUGCACCGGUGCUGAUAUUAAAAUCUCAGGCAUAAAAUUUGCUCAGCACGAUGCUGUAGAGGGAAUCUUAAGUAAAUAUCUGAAUGUUUGGUUUAUCUCCGGCAAGCGCGGACAGGCGCAGGCGGACGGGAAGGGAACUCCAGCUGGCCUCCUGGGAGCUGUGAACGGGCCUGGCGGAGCCUCCAGCAGCCCAGUGCGCUCAGUGGUCGGCGGCCUCGGGCUUCUGACAGCCAGGCAGAGGCUCAGGCGCGGCAGGGACACGCCCGGAGUUCCGAGAGUGACUAACCAGCAGGGGGUCCGGAGCCAGGACGUCGGGAAGUGCAGGGGAGGACUGGGUGGUCCAGCGGCGCAGGGCGCGAUCCAGAGCACCGAGGUUCCCAGAAAGGCAGCCUCGCCACAGCCCGCAGCAGCAGGGGGUCUAGGCCUGACUGGCUGGCUGGAGCCGCAGCCCUGCUCUCCAGGCAGCGCGAGCCCUCGCGACUGCAGCGCCGCCUGCAAGGACCGCGCUCCCUCAGGAGGGGGCUGCCCUGCAGCCGAUCCCCGUGGCCACAAGUGCGGGCAGGGUGCGCACUGGAAACCCGGGGGGGACGGCUGCCGAGAGCAUGGAGGCCUCGGAGCCCGGGCGCCCCCGCCGGUCCUCGGUGCCUCUGUUCUUUAA